ACGUAAAGAUGGAGAGAAACAGAGGGUCAGUGGGAAGGAGAAGGUCGAAGGAGGAGCUCUUUGCUCCGUACGACCUGGACGGGAUCGUCCUGCCCUCGGAUCUGGACCACAUGCUGCACAUGAACAACUCCAAGUACCUGCGAGAGAUGGACUUCGGCCGGGUGGGAAUGUUCUUUGAGCGAGGCGUGUACGCAGCUGUGCUGAGAAACGGAGGUUCCUUUUCGCUGGCCGCGCACUGCCUCCGCUACAGACGCUCCCUCAUCGCUUUUCCAGAGGUUUGUGCUACGGACAAAGGUGCUGUGUUGGGACGAAGACGCCGUGUACGUGGAACAGCGGAUGGCGCGGAAAAGCGACGGGUUUGUGUGCGCCAUAAACCUGGCGAAGUUGGCAGUCCGAGGUACGACUGUGUCUUCGGUCAUGGAGACGUGGCUGGGAGGAGAGAUGAAGACGGAGAGUCCGCCAUUUCCUCCCGACGUGGAGAGCUGGAGAGACAGCAUCGCCGCUUCCAGUAGAAACUGCAGGAGGAACGGAAGAGAACCAACAGCUGUGGAUAAUGCCCCCUUCUAAAAAGAAAAGAUUUUAUAAUUAUAAUAAUCAUACAUGAUUACAAAAACAUCACUCUCAACAA